CAGCAAACACAUAAAUGACGCCUGCAGACACAGGAUCAGAUUCAAUUGGCUUCCUGGAUCUUCGAAGUAACUUCACAUUCAAACUGAGUUCUGCUGCGCAAAGGAUUUAAACAUACACAACAAUGACUUCAUCAGUAUCAUGUGCGCUCUUUAUAUUAGUAUCAGUCGUUCUCCCGGUGUCCUUUGCGCUAUCGGGGGAAUAUUGUCACGGUUUGACGGACACAUUUAAUUCUUGGCACCGGGGAUUCCAAUGUCCGGAGCGCUUUGACGGCGAGGACGCGCGCUACUGCUGCGGUACGUGCGCGCUCAGGUACUGCUGUACUUACGCGGAGGCGCGCCUCGAUCAGAGCACCUGCGAUACCGGCUCCGAGCCUGAGAACACGGGUGACGUGAGAAAGAUAACAGAGAGUGUUCCAACCUAUUUGCCCUUUGUGAUCGUGGUGAGCGCGUUCCUGUCGUUCGUUCUAGUUGGCACGGUUGUCUCUAUCUGCUGCUGCCAGUGUGUGAAACCCAAAGCGAGCGAGCGGCCAGCAGGGCCAUCCGCUGCUCAAACCAGCCUGUUGGAGUCUGGAGGGCCCUCUGUGGACAGCUCUACCCCAUCCCGUACCUCCACUUCAGGAUCAUCCAUGACAAACGCUCGCCCUCCACCAUCCGAGCUCAGCGUGAACCUCUACGGCCCGAUGGGAAACGCAUUCCCUCCCUCUCAGUCCCAGCAGUAUGUUCCUCCACUUCCACAGGGGGCGCCACAGUUCUACCAGCCCUACAUGAAUUAUGCUCUCCCCCCAGAGCGCAGCAUGCUGAUGGCCCCUGCGUUCCUGGAUGCCCGUUCUGCGUUUGGGAAGGUGCACGGGCAGCCUUUUCCUCAGGCCCCCAUGUGCACAGAGCCCCUUUAUCCCCCUGUCGCUAUCUGAUAAUGCUUAAAAAACUAUGAAUGGACUAUAAAACUGUGUGAGACUACACAAGGAGUAGGAAUGUCUCAGGGAUACUUUCUUUUUGCUUUAUCCACAAACACAAUUAUGACUGAUAUGAUGUUGGUCAUGAUGUAUUAAUACUUCUCAUAGGAGUGUGUUUGCAUGAACACUUUUGCUGUUGCUGUUGCUCAGCAAUCACUGAUUGUAUUGUUAUUUAUUAACAGAUUAGAGAAUAAAUGUAUUUUCAUAGGCAAUUUGUUUGACUCUCCUCAUUCUUAUAAAAAAUAUAUAUAUGAAUAUUUCAGUCAUGUUUAAGACACGUUUGUGAAACUACACUACACUAUUCAAAAUAAAGCAUCCAAAAGGGGGUUUUCACGACAAUGCCAUAGACUUUGGAUUCUUUAAAGAAUCACUUUUUCUUACUGCAAAAAAUAUUUUAACAAUCUAAAGAACGUUUCUCGGCUGCAAAGAAUAUGCAUUGGAUGUGAAUGAAACCAUCAAUGCCAAUAAAAUACAUUUAUUUUUUAAGAAAGUAGGACUCGUGAAAAACUCAAGCAGCAUGUGUUUAAUUAGCUGGAACUAGUUUAAUUUACUGAAAUUAAGUGCCUAUAUUUUUACUGUAACUGAAGUUCAAGAGAUCUUCAAGCCAUCUGAACAAUAAGUGUCUCUUUGUCCUGCAAAGAGCUUUGGGAUUUCCUUUACAGGACUUUGUGAUUGUAAAGCUCUCCAGCCGAUACAGCUGCUUAUGUGUGUGGCUGAGCUGGUUUUGUGUGUUUGUGUGUGGAAACGGCAGGAGGGCAGAGGACAAAAGAUGCAGAUCUCCUCACGCCCCUGAGAGUGCUAUUAGUGCAGGUAAAGAGGGGUGUGUGAGUGAGAUUAGGCUCUGGAUGGCCCAGCUGGAGUUUAAGCAGAAGUUAUUAGUUCAUUAACGAGCUGCAGACGAGCCUGCUGAGAUUCGACUCAAAUCCUGUUAUGAUGUAAAACAUGUAAUGUGAAGCUAAAGACACAUAAAUAAAUACAGUCAUGCAGCUAAAUACAUCUGCUCAGGUACAACUGUAAAUAAAACAUUCUGCUUUUCUCCACUCACACACAA